AUCUUGUUUCUGUCCUUUGUAUGUGGGAGUGAAAGACAGGUGCCUGUGUGUGCAUGUUUGUGUGUGUGUGGCAAGGAGUGGACCAAAUAGAUUGCCAAGAUUCCUGGGAAGAACAAGGAUCGAGUGCUCUGGACCUCCAUUGACUUGGGAGCAGAGCGCCCCGUUGUGACCGCAACCAUGACUCAAAAGGACAACUAUGACAUGUUCGAGAUGGACGGAGAUGGAAAGGGUAAGAAGAGUAAGAAAGAGAAGAAGAAGGAGCGGUUAGAGGGCAUGAAGAAAGAGAUGGACAUUGAUGACCAUGAGAUUACCAUCGAAGAGCUGGAGAUGCGAUACGAUACCAGUAUUAAAAAGGGAUUAACCUCCAGUUUUGCGAGUCAGGUGUUGGAAAGAGAUGGACCAAAUGCACUCAGGCCCCCGAAAGGUACUCCGGAAUACGUCAAGUUUGCCAGGCAGUUGGCUGGGGGACUGCAGUGUCUGAUGUGGGUCGCUGCAAGCAUCUGCUUCAUUGCUUUUGGAAUUGAACUAGCGAGAGGAAACCUCGCCAGCUUUGACAAUCUGUACCUGGCUAUCACCCUGAUAUCUGUCGUGGUGGUUACUGGUUGCUUUGGUUAUUACCAAGAGUUUAAGAGCACCAACAUAAUUGCCAGCUUCAAGAACUUGGUACCACAGCAAGCCCUGGUGAUCCGCGAUGGGCAGAAGAACCAGAUCAAUGCCAUUGACCUGGUGGUCGGGGACCUGGUGGAGAUCAAAGGAGGAGACAGAGUCCCUGCUGACAUACGCGUCAUUUUUGCCCAGGGCUGUAAGGUGGAUAACUCGUCACUGACAGGGGAGUCCGAACCGCAGAGCAAGACUCCUGAGUGCACUCAUGAGAACCCCCUGGAGACCAGGAACAUCGCUUUCUUCUCCACCACCUGUUUGGAGGGCGUGGCCAACGGCAUCGUCAUCAACACAGGGGACCGCACCAUCAUCGGGCGCAUUGCCAGCCUGGCCAGCGGGGUGGGCAACGAGAAGACCCCCAUCGCCAUCGAGAUUGAACAUUUCGUGGACAUCAUCGCCAGCCUGGCCAUCGCCUUCGGCUUCACCUUUUUCGUAGUGGCCAUGUUCAUCGGCUAUGAGUUCCUGGAGGCCAUGAUCUUCUUCAUGGCUAUCGUGGUGGCAUACGUGCCGGAGGGGUUGCUGGCCACCGUGACCGUGUGUCUCUCUUUGACUGCCAAACGACUGGCCAGGAAGAACUGUGUGGUGAAGAACUUGGAAGCUGUAGAGACUUUAGGUUCCACCUCAGUCAUCUGCUCCGAUAAGACGGGCACCCUGACCCAGAACAGAAUGACCGUAGCUCACCUCUGGUUUGACAACCAUGUCCACGCUGCAGACACCACUGAAGACCAGUCAGGGCAGAGCUUCGACCAAUCCUCUGAGACCUGGCGCGCUCUAGCUAGAAUUGCUGGUCUGUGUAACAGAGCUGUCUUCAGACCUGAUCAGGAGGGACUUCCCGUACCAAGGAGGUUGGUGGUAGGGGAUGCGUCAGAGACCGCUUUGCUGAAGUUCACGGAGCUCACCAUUGGCAACAUCAUGGUCUACCGGGAUCGCUUCAAUAAAGUAGUGGAAGUGCCCUUCAACUCCACAAACAAGUUCCAGUUGUCUGUGCAUGAGCUGGAGGAUCCCAUGGACCUGCGCUACCUCCUGGUGAUGAAGGGGGCGCCAGAGCGCAUCCUAGAGCGCUGCUCCACCAUUCUGAUCAAGGGCCAAGAGCUGCCCAUGGAAGAGCAUUUUAAGGAGUCCUUCCAAACAGCCCAAAUGGACCUGGGAGGACUAGGGGAGAGAGUGCUGGGUUUCUGCUACGUGUAUCUCAAUGAGAAAGAGUUUCCUCGCGGAUACAAAUUCGACUCAGACGAGAUGAAUUUCACCACAUCGGACCUGUGCUUUGCCGGUCUAAUCUCCAUGAUCGACCCGCCCAGAGCCACCGUGCCUGAUGCAGUGAUGAAAUGUCGGACAGCAGGAAUCAGGGUUGUCAUGGUGACAGGGGAUCAUCCAAUCACAGCGAGGGCCAUAGCAGCCAAUGUUGGCAUCAUUUCAGAAGGCAGUGAGACCGUGGAGGACAUCGCCAUCCGGAAACGUAUCCCUGUGGAACAAGUGAACAAGAGUGAUGCCCGUGCGUGUGUGAUCAACGGAGGCCAACUAAAGGACAUGAGCAGCGAGGACCUGGACGAGGCACUGCGUAGCCACCCUGAGAUGGUGUUCGCCAGGACCUCCCCGCAGCAGAAACUUAUCAUCGUGGAGAGCUGUCAACGACUGGGCUCCAUCGUCGCGGUGACGGGGGACGGAGUGAACGAUUCCCCCGCCCUGAAGAAGGCCGACAUCGGCAUUGCCAUGGGGAUUGCUGGGUCGGACGCCGCCAAGAAUGCUGCCGACAUGAUCCUGUUGGACGACAACUUUGCCUCCAUCGUCACCGGAGUGGAGCAGGGCCGCCUCAUUUUUGACAACCUGAAGAAGUCCAUCGCCUACACACUGACCAAGAACAUCCCAGAGCUCACGCCCUAUCUGAUCUACAUCACCGUCAGCGUGCCACUUCCUCUGGGCUGCAUCACCAUCCUGUUCAUCGAGCUCGCCACCGACAUCUACCCUUCAGUCUCGCUGGCCUAUGAGAAGGCAGAGAGUGACAUCAUGAACCUGAAGCCCAGGAACCCUCGGCGGGACAGGCUGGUGAACGAGGCUCUGGCCGCCUACUCCUAUUUCCAGAUCGGUGCUAUUCAGUCCUUUGCAGGCUUCACAGACUACUUUUCCGCCAUGGCCCAGGAGGGCUGGUACCCACUGAUGUGUGUGGGCCUCCGUGCUCAUUGGGAGAAUGUUCACCUGCAAGACAUGCAGGACAGCUAUGGACAGGAAUGGACGUUUGGUCAGAGGCUGUACCAGCAGUACACGUGCUACACCGUGUUCUUCGUCAGCAUAGAAAUCUGCCAGAUCUCCGACGUGCUCAUCAGGAAGACCCGCCGUCUCUCCGUCUUCCAGCAGGGGUUCUUCAGGAACAAAGUCCUGGUCUCUGCCAUCGUCUUCCAGCUGUUACUGGGUAACCUUCUAUGUUACUGUCCAGGAAUGCCCAACAUCUUCAACUUCAUGCCCAUCAGGGUCCAAUGGUGGUUCGUCCCAGUUCCCUAUGGAAUACUCAUCUUUGUGUAUGACGAGAUCAGAAAGUUAGGUGUCCGGAGAAAUCCAGGAAGUUGGUGGGAUAAAGAGUUAUACUACUGAGAUGGAAGCUGUUCAACUCAUCAUUCCUCUAAACCAAAUGUAUCUUCCCAAGCAUCCAAUAAUGUUUUGCCUCUUAUCCAAACCCUUCUUUAAAAUGUGUGUUAACGACAAACUAUAUCAACUUGCAUACAUUCCCAAGUCUCUCUUGAAAUGGUACUUGUAAUGAGAACUAAGAUCCCUGGAAUUCAUACUCAAUGUGUUCCAUGUGUGCUAUUAAAUCAAUGUUUUUAACAACUUUUUCUCGUC